GUUACCUGUUGCCUGAAGCCGACAGAGACGUCUUAUCCUACCGCCAUGGCAAAAAUCCCAGCACCUUUCGAAUGGAGCGAGGAGUUCAAGACCGGCUAUGAAAGCCUUGACAACGAACACAGAACCCUCUUCAAUAGCCUGUUUGCCCUCUCCGAGUUCAACACUCGUGACCAGCUGGAAGCUUGCAAGGAGUGCUUUGUGAUGCAUUUCCGUGAUGAGCAGGGGCAAAUGCUGCGUGCCAACUACGUUCACAUGGAUGAACAUACUGCCAUUCACGAAUCAUUUCUGGAGCAGUUGGGCAAGUGGAAGGCACCCGUUGCCCAAGGUGAUAUAGAAAGUGGAAUGAAAUGGCUCACCCAUCACAUCCCAACGGAAGACUUCAAGUACAAGAACAAAUUGUAAAUGGAGCGAACGGAACAACACGCCAUCUAUCGGACUGUGCAGAUAUUAUAUGUACGAA